AUGUCGUUGCCGUUCGUCCCUUAUUCGACGCAAUUUUCGUCUGGUAAAUCAGCCUCGAAGUUGCUCAAAAAGAAGGCUGCUGAAUUUCUAGCAUGCACUAGAACCACGGCAACCCUCUUAGAGAUAAUAGAGUACUUUAAGGAAUGUCUUGCGCGGAAGGCUCCAACGACACCAUGUCUGCUGACAUUGGAAUAUUUGUUCACGGAACUAGUUCGUCGAGGAGAGAUGCGCUCUUUCUCGACAAACGGUGAAGUGCCUUUUGAUAAUGAUCUGCAAGCGAACCACAGACAAUGGCUGCUGGAGCAGUAUACGGAAACGUUCGAGCUAAUCGUUGAAGGAAUAAACCAUGAAAAACAGGUAGAAGCUUCUCAAGCCCUUGCGACUGCGAUGAAACUUCUCGCUGUCGAAUCUCACCAUCAAUCAGACGCUGAGCAGUUUCCAGCGACGAGACUGAAGCAAGUCCUUAUGGCGAUGUUGUCUUCCGAGUGCCUCAAUAAGCAUCUCUUUCAUCGUUUCCUGGAGUAUUCGUCGUAUUUAGAUGUCAUUUACUACUGCUGGAAAGCGGUACCUUCGCUGGUACCGCGUAACAGUGCUCCUAGUGACGUAUUCAAGCAAAACUUUCUAUUUCUGCUCGAUGCCAUAUCGUUUGGAAAGGACAAGAUGAAGGAAACGGAUAACGUGUUGUGUGCGCCACUUGUCGAUGGUUUCGACUACGCACACGUGCGCAAGCAGAUCAAUAGAACGUGGGGUUUCGUAAUGAACUGGCAGAACAUCGAGCCCGUUCACGAGCAGCUGUUGAUACUGUUGCUGGAAAAAGUGUUUGUCCAUCUUGAUAAACCCGUACUACUAACCGACUUCCUUAUGGAUUCACUGGAUGUGGGGGGUACGGUUAGUGUGCUUGCCCUGCAGGGAGUGUUCGUGCUCAUCCAGCAGCAUAACCUGACUUACCCGAACAUCUACGAGAAACUUUACUCCAUGUUUGAGCCGGAGAUUUUUCACACCAAAUUCAAGGCGCGCCUGUUCUACUUGGCAGAUAUCUUCCUAAGUUCUAGUCAUCUUCCGGAAGGACUGGUGGCUGCGUUUGUGAAGCGGCUUGCUCGGCUUGCUCUGAUUGCCCCUCCGCAGGACAUAGUUAUCAUAUUGCGUUUCAUCGGCAAUCUAAUACUACGCCAUCCAGCCCUUAAGCGCCUUAUCUUUCAUCCGACGGGUGGCGAAGCGUCAUGCGAUCCGUACGUAAUGGAGGAGCGCGAUCCGAUGAAAUCAAAAGCGUUGGAAAGCUCGCUCUGGGAGGUAGCUGCUCUGCAAAAUCAUGUACUGCCAACAGUGGCUACGGCAGCCAGAUUCAUCUCGAAUCCUCUCCCGAGCGUAGAAUGGGAUCUUUCGUCAGUUUUGGAAAUCAACGAAAACGAUAUCUUUCAUAAGGAAAUUGUUUCGAAAACAAAAGAUUUUUUCCUAAACAUUGAUCGACCGACAGGGAUGUUUGGAUACUGCGGUGGACAGCUAUCGUCUCAGUACUGGAAGCUAUUUUAAAGGCCUCCCUGGGUUCGGGUGAACUCUCGUCGGUUUAAGUGUAAUGUCCGUUCUAUAAAUCAAUCCGUGUAAGGCCUUCACUUUCGCAUCGAGCCGCAGUCUGAGCAAACACAAUGUGCAUUGUUCAUGGUUCAAGUCGAGUAUAUACUUUGUGAAAGAGGAUAUGCUGUAGCAGCAGAAUAUGCACUGUACCCGUGUUAGGUAGAUUAUCUUAUAGUCAAUGGCAAGCCAAACCCAGGCCAUUUAUAAUACUGUAGCAACAGCAUUACCAUCGAUCUAUUUGCCGGCAUGAAAACGCCAUUCAUGUCGUUUGAUGAGGUGGUAGCAAGAAUUUUUUUAUUUAUUUUGUGUUUUAUACUUCAGCAGCAAGUUAUAUUUUGUAACACAACUAAUGAUAAUUCAAAUUUGCGGGAAAAUAGCACCUGUCUUCAUAGCGCACGUGUCUCGGACAAUGUGAGAGUAUUGCACGGUAGACUUAACAUCGAUAGAAAUAGCCAUUCGCAUGAUGCUGUUCGUUGCAUCUCUUGGAAUUUGUAAUCAUUCACGUUAGUCUUAUUCUUUCCGGAGAGAAGCAAACAAUGUACACACAAUCCAGAUAACGAGAACAAGCGAACAUUUUCCAUUCUUGUUUUGUUUCGUUGAAAUGCGAACCAAAAUAAUGAUUCAGUUGCAGUUAAGCUGAGCCAACCAUCCGAUUACUUUCGGAACGUUCCUAAUAAUCUCGUUAACAGCCGUUUGUUACUAAGAGAUAGUGUUUUUUUUUUACUUUUAUACAUCAGAAAAGGAAAGCAUUUUAGUUUUUACGCAUGUUUUAAGCUCAAUAGGUAUGUUUGUGUUUUAAGUUAGUUGGUUUCCAUGUCUAGGAUUGUUAAAUUGCUUUAAUUUUUUUUUAAAUUACUUUUGUGACUCAGCUUCAGCGAGAAACAACUUUGAUACCCGAUUUAAAAAGUCGGUGUUAAGUGUUGGAAAGUGAAAUUCUUUCUGGUGAUGUAUGAGAACUUGAGAUGGGCAUAUUUUUCACUCACCUGCAUUAAACCAUUUGAGUAGGAUUGUGAUUAAUACUUUUACAAAAGACGGAAACGUAGCUGUGCGUGAUAAAACUCUUGGAUAAGCAGGUAAAUGUGAUUCAAUGUUCAUUAGGAAACAAUUGAUCAAUUAAGCAUACAGAACCGCAACCGUAUUCUUAAUCUCUUUCUCGGAUUUUAGACACAGGAAGCUUCUUUUUGUUGUAAUAUCAUCAAGUUUGAACAUUGAAUUCUCUUUCCGUUGCCGCACAGAGCCAGCUAACGGGUCAAGGUGUUUCUGUAGUCGUACUCCACCUGGGGAAAAUAGUGC